GUCGCGAGCUAUUUAUACCAGUCGCCACUCUGGCGUUGUCCCUACGCGUGUCAGUGAAUCGUGAUAAAUAAAGGAAAAUUGUCACAUACAAACUGACUAAAAUGAAGAUCCGCGUUGAGGACGUCUGCCUUGCCCUGGCCAUCUUAAAUGCAAUCACCACAGGACUGGCUCUGUUGGGGAGCAUUGUGCUGAUGUUCAUAUUUAUCGCCGGUGUGCUGAGCGAUACCAAGUAUUCAGGUGCAGGUCAAGAAAUAUACGACAGCAGCAAUGGCGAAACGUACCAAAGGAUGUUCGUGUCAGACGAAACUAUAUUCAACACGUUCUUCGGAACCUUUAUAGCUGUGCUGGUGAUGGGUUCCCUCAUCGCUUUAUAUUUGCUGUGCUUCUCUGCAAUGGAAUAUCCAAUCGCCAGCCAGGACAAGUGAAGGCCUACUUCAUCUACGGUGUGAUAAUCACAGCCAUGGCAGCUCACUUCACAGCAGCGAUAUUGUUCGAUGGACGUGACCUCAUGACUGGUCUUCUAUCGCUACUUGGCUGUGUACUCCAGUCGCUAUUCCUCGUGCUAGUCUACAAGACUUACACGAAGUUGGGCAGAGAAGCGAUGUUCAAGAACCACGCUCGUCUGAUAGAGAGUUAAUUUUAAGUUAGAAGUUUGUCACUAGAAAAGUUGAAAAACCGCUUUAUCUAGUGAUGGAAAUAGUAUGACAGACUAUAACCAGAAACCCACCUUAUAUCACAAAAAUAAAACAGGGGGCCUAGUCAAUGAUACAGUUAUUCAAAAGUAAUGGAUCAGACCACCUGCUCGAUUCGAACUUUAAGAUACGUCCAAUAUUAGCUCUGGAUACGAAAGGGAUCGGAUAUGUCAGAAUCAGAAAUGACGUUUAUAAAUUACAAAUAUUUUCCGUAACUAUCUAGUAGGUAACUUAUGGUAGCCAUAAUAUAGUGGACUAACUGAAGCCCUUUAUUUUUUUUUUACAAUCUUUGUGAUAAGAGAACGAAAGGUAUUGUGUUUUGGGUUCUUAGAUUCAUUAAUGAGUAGGUACUAGUUGCAAGAGUAUAUGGGAGAGUCGAUCAGUCGACUAUUAAAACCUUGUGCCAAAAAAAAACAUUUAGCCAAAGACUUGUCAUUUUAAA